AUCUAUAAAAGAGUGCAGCUACUUUCAUCAACUUUUUAUCAGUCUCUCUCAACAUUGUAAUGGCAUCUCAAGUAGCAGGUGUUAAGAAUACCAAUGAGGAUGAAAAUGCUCACAAAGAUCUUGGUUUUUGUGGGAGGGUGAAGAACAAGGUUGUCGAGUUUCCGAUGAAGUUAAAGAAGCUAGGGCGAGAUGAUCCGAGAAGGAUUGUUCAUUCUCUCAAAGUAGGACUAGCAGUUCUCUUGGUGUCAUUACUCUAUUACUUUGAUCCUCUCUAUGAUGGCCUCGGUGCCACUGCUAUGUGGGCUGUUUUAACUGUUGUGGUUGUUUUCGAAUUUUCCGUAGGAGCAACACUUGGAAGAGGUUUGAACAGGAUUUUGGCAACAUUCCUCGCAGGUUCUCUAGGAUUUGGUGUUCAUCAUUUGGCAAAUCUUUCAGGAGAAAAAGGUCAUCCAAUACUCAUUGGUCUUUUCGUCUUUAUACUAGCUGCAUCAGUGACAUUUUUCCGCUUCUUUCCCCGGAUUAAGGCAAGAUAUGAUUAUGGACUCCUGAUUUUUAUAUUGACAUUUUGCAUGAUAUCCGUAUCCGGAUACAGAGAUGAAGAGAUACUAGAGAUGGCACACAAGAGGGCGUCCACAAUCCUUAUAGGUGCCUUUACAGCUGUGUCUGUGUGUGUUUUCAUUUGCCCGGUGUGGGCUGGUGAUGACCUGCACAACUCGGUUGCUACCAACAUCGAAAAGCUUGGGAGCUUCUUGGAAGGGUUUGGGAGUGAAUGCUUCAAAAUAUCUUGCAAGGGAGGAGAGUCUAACAAGGCACUUCUAAAAGGAUAUUGCAGUGUUCUCAACUCGAAACAGAGUGAAGAAAGUCAGGUUAAUUUUGCUAGGUGGGAGCCUAGACAUGGUCGGUUUAGGUUCCGUCAUCCUUGGAAACACUAUCUGAAGAUCGGAAGCCUUACCCGACAAUGUGCCUACCGGAUUGAUACUCUUAAUGGCUACAUUAACUCCGAAAUCCAGACGCCGUUAAAUAUCCACAGCACCAAAGUUCAAGAGCUGUGCAUGAAGAUUAGCUCAGAGUCGAGCAAGGCAUUAAAAGAACUAGCAUUGGCCAUGAAAACAAUGACUCGACCAACCACUGCCACUGCUCACAUAACAAAAUCAAGAAUUGCGGCUAAUAGCCUGAAAUCCUUUCUCAAGUCUCCAGGCUUGGGUGGAGACAUCCACCUACUAGACAUCAUACCAGCUGUGACCGUAGCUUCACUGCUAACUGAUGUGGUUGCCUACGCUGAACAAAUUGAGAAAUCCAUACAAGAACUAGCCUCCCUUUCACAUGUGCAAUUCAAGAGUGCAGAACCAAAAACAGAGCAAGAGCAGACGAGGUUACACAAGCAUGGCAUAGUGCACCCUUGUGCUGCAACCGAUGGACCACAUCAUGUUAUCACAAUUGUUCAACCAUCUCUAAAGGAAAUCGAAAACAAAGGCUAGCAUAGACUGGAAUGGGUAGAUAAUUGAGUUCAUAUGCGUACAGAUAGGUCAUAGUUUAUCCAGUAUACAGACAAAACAAAACAUGUGCUCAUGUCCCUGUUACAAUCCCAAAAGUUGAGAAGACUUGAGUGGAAUGGAAUCACCAUGAUUGAGAAGAUUCAAGGGUGUUUAAAGGCUCUCUGUUUCUGUCUUUUUGCCAUUAAUGCAUCUAGUUAUAUGUUCUCAUGUUUAAAUUAUCAGAAAACGUAAACGUUCUGAAGUUUCAAAAGAAGAAUAAAAGUUUGUAAUUUUGGCUUCACUAUAAGUUGAAGCUGAAUUGGGAGAUUGAUCA